AUGGCUCCUGGCCGGGCGGAAAUGGACAAGGUGCAUCCGGAACUGGAGAAGCUCUUCGCGAAGACAGGCCCUCCUCCACCACUCCCAGUCCCGACUCGAGAGACGGUCGGCCGCUUCCGAACAGCGUUCAACAGAGGCCGUCAACGAUACAACUCAUCCGCCUUCGUCAAGUCGACACUGCCGAGCCCGCCGACAUGGAAAGAGCAUGAUAUACAGAUUCCAGUCAGAGACGGCACCACAAUCCCAACGCGGAUCUACACUCCUCCAAAUCCCCGCCCAGCAGCCGUCGUCUUCUUCCACGGCGGCGGCUGGUUCAUGGGCGACCUCGAGACCGAAGCUCACGACUGCCAACUGCUCUGCGCCCGACUAGGCGUCGCCGUUUUCAACGUCGCCUAUCGCCUGUAUCCCGAUGUCGCCUUUCCCGUGCCCAUCUACGAUGCCUACGAUGCCGUCAAGUACAUCGCCGCCGAGUACUCCUCCACCCUCAACCUCGAUCGCGGAUUCAUAGUCGCAGGCAGUUCUGGCGGCGCCACAUUCGCGAGCAUUGUCUGCCACUUUGCAAGAGACGAAGGCCUGAAGCCCGCUUUGACAGGCUGCCAUGUUACCUGUCCGAUCUUCACCGACGAAGUCCCCGGUCCCAACGGCGAGAUCACACGCAUCUUCGGCCCCGAACGAUACGCCAGUCAAGAUACGCACGCCAACGGCAUGCUACAAAAUCGUAAGAUGAAGGAGGCCAUCCUCAAACUGUCCACCUUUCCGUUAGGAAAGUCACAGCUGCUCUCACCACUCCACGCCGAGAACCAUGCGAAUCUGCCGCCAGCGUAUGUGCAGGUCUGCGGACUUGACCCGUGGCGGGAUGGAGGUAUCAUAUAUGCGGAAGAGCUGGAGAAGGAGGGCGUAAGGACGAAGGUGGAGGUGUUCAGUGGGCUGCCCCAUGUCUGGUGGACGGUGUUUCCGAUGCUGAAGAUAUCAAGAGUGCGGUUCGAAGAGAUGGUCAAGGGUAUGGACUGGUUGUUGAGAUCAAACACGGCCGCGAAAGAGAAGUUGUAG